AUGGCACCGCCAGAACUCGAUGAGUUGAAGAAGCAACUCAAGGAUUUGCUAGAUGCUGGGUUCAUCCGUCCGUCGAAGGCACCUUAUGGCGCACCAGUCUUGUUCCAAAAGAAGCAUGAUGGUUCAUUGAGACUAUGCAUCGAUUAUCGAGCACUUAACAAGAUCUUGCGAGAGAAUAACCUAUAUGUGAAGAAGGAAAAGUGUUCCUUUGCAAGGGACGAAGUCCACUUCUUGGGACACAUCAUUAAAGAUGGAACUCUCUGCAUGGAUCAAGGAAAAGUGAAGGCUAUCAAAGAGUGGGAACCUCCAAACAAGGUAUCUGAAUUGAGGUCAUUCCUUGGGUUGGCUAAUUACUAUCGGAGGUUUAUCAAGGGAUACUCCGCCAAGGCUGCACCAUUAACUGAUCUUCUCAAGAAGAACCACUCUUGGGAAUGGUCAAAGGAGUGUCAAAAGGCUUUUGAUGAGUUGAAGGCUGCUAUCAUAGAAGGAUCAGUACUAGCACUAUCCGACUACUCAAAGGUGUUUGAAGUCCACGCUGAUGCUUCUGACUAUGCUAUUGGAGGAGUUCUGAUGCAAGAAGGACAUCCUAUUGCCUUUGAGAGUCGCAAGUUGAAUGAUACAGAGAGGCGAUACACUGUCCAAGAGAAGGAGAUGACCGCGGUGGUGCAUUGUCUGAGAACUUGGCGUCACUAUUUGCUUGGUUCACACUUCAUCGUCAAGACAGACAAUGUGGCUACAAGCUACUUCCAAACUCAAAAGAAGUUAAGCCCCAAACAAGCUAGGUGGCAAGACUUCUUGGCUGAGUUUGAUUUCGAUUUCGAAUACAAGUCAGGCAAGACUAAUGUGGUAGCAGAUGCGCUGAGUCGCAAGGCUGAGUUGGCGGUCAUUUCUAUGGUUGAAGGAGAUAUUGUGCACACCAUCAAGGAAGGGUUGCAUCACGAUCCAUUAGCCAAGAAGUUGGUGGAGUUGGCUAGAGAAGGGGAAACAGCACGACUAUUCUUCAAGAAUGUGGUGAAGUACUGGGGAUUGCCUAAGAGCAUCAUUAGUGAUCGAGAUCCACGCUUCACAGGACGACUAUGGACAGAGCUGUUCAAACUCCUUGGGUCGGAGCUUCAUUUCUCAACAAGCUUCCAUCCUCAAACCGAUGGGCAGACUGAGAGAGUGAAUGCCUUACUUGAGUGUUACUUAAGGAGUGAGUCUACAGGGAAGAGCCCAUUCGAGAUUGUGACUGGACAACAGCCGCUUACACCUCACUCUCUUUCUUCCUCUUACUCAGGGAAGAGCCCUGUGGCUUAUCAUAUGAUUAAGUCAUGGGAAGAACAAGCAGAUGUCACUCGUUCUUACCUCGACAAAGCUGCCAAGAGGAUGAAGAAAUGGGCAGAUAAGAAGAGGAGGCAUGCAAGCUAUCAAGUGGGAGACAAGGUAAUGAUCAAACUUCUUCCACAACAAUUCAAAGCCUUUCGCAAGGUUCAUAAGGGCUUAAUCCGCAAAUAUGAAGGGCCAUUUGAGAUCAUUGGACGUGUUGGGGAGGUUGCUUACAAAGUACAACUUCCUCCCUCUAUGAAGAUUCACCCGGUCUUCCAUGUGAGUAUGCUUAAACCAUAUCAUGGAGACCAAGACGAACCGAGUAGAGGUGACUCAAGUCGCGCUCCGCCUGUGGUAAUUAGAUCAUUUGAUAAAGAAAUCGAAGAGAUCUUAGCUAAUCGCAUCGUGCGACGAAGAGGGGUGCCACCAAGUAUCCAAUACUUGAUCAAGUGGAAAGCGCUCCCGAUAACCAAAGCUAGCUGGGAAACUCGCGAAGAUCUGUGGCAAUUCCAAGAACACCUAGAGCACUAUCAUGAACAGAACGCGACGAAGACGUCUGCGCAUUAG